AAUCCCAAAACGAAGCCAAAACACACUGCAGCAAGUGCUCCUUACUGCCCAAAUAUCUCUGAUCCAAAAUCACCACUCUCCCGCCGCAGCUCCGCCGCCACCUACUUCUCCGAAUCACCGGAGACAUCGAAUCUCCGGCUUUACUUAAAAAACCCAUAAUGCCCUUAUCUAAUUCAAUAUUAAUGUUUCGACGCCAAUUUUGUAAGCUUCCAUUUGGAGUAAUAUCAAAAGAGGAGCUGUUGAUAGAAGGAUUGCAGCCGGAGCUGAUGCCGAAACACGUAGCUAUCAUACCGGACGGUAACCGGCGAUGGGCUAAGGAGAGAGGCUUGUCACCGGAAAAAGGUCAUGAAGCUGGGAAAAAAGUGCUCGGAGAUUUGUGCCGUUAUUGCUCAAAAUGGGGAGUCAAAGUUCUUUCUGCUUAUGCUUUUUCUACUGAGAAUUGGUCAAGGCCCAAGGCAGAGGUAACUUUCUUGAUGACGAGCUACUUUGAAGGGCUUAUUCACGACUUCAUGAGGUACUACUUUUAACUGACAAUCAACUAUUAAAAUCUUCUUGUAUAUGAGUUUUGUUUUUAAAUUAUUUUACUCAUUAUUGCAACAACAACAUACCCAGUAUAAUCUCACAAGUGUAGUCUUAAGAGGGUAGAGUAUACGCAGACCUUACCCUUGCCUUUUAAAAAGGCAGCGAUGUUGUUUUUGGAAGACUUCGGCUCAGGAAGGGGAGAGGGGAGGGGCAAUAACAAGCAAACCGAUCUGACAACCAAAGCAAAAAUGCAAAACUAGCAAAAGGUAAUGCAAUCAGAAAAUCGAAACACAAGACAACAACAAGUAGUAACAGAAGACGAGUAAAUUUCAUAGGUGGUCAUUUAACUUUGUGUUCAUUACCCAAAGUCACUAUUCAUUCUUUUGUUACGUAAAAGUCAUUCAACUUUGUGUUCAUUACCCAAAAUUACUUUUCUUUCUUUUGUUACACAAAAAUUAUUUUACUAAGUUCUAGUUA